UUUUAGUUUGAAGAUAGAAGGUCACCCAAAAAAAAAAGGGCAGAUUUCCGGGGGGUGGGGCCGGUAAGGUGGGGGGGGCGUUCCCUCGCUGUGACUUUCAGCCAAUCAGCGCUCAGGAGCCGCAAUCCGCUGCCCGCCAGUCAGUAAAGCAGUCAACCAGUAAAUCAGUGUGACGACGACUAGCAAGCGAGCGGUCACUUCAGUGGCCGGACGACAACUUGUUUUGUUUUUUUGUUUUGUUUUGUUUUUCCACGGCGGCGUGUCUGCCGUCGCUCCCUCCGCCCCCUCCCCCCCCCUCCCCCGGCGACCCUCGUGGAGCUCUUGUGCGGGGAGAGGCUGUACAAUCCUCGGCAGUGUCCUGAGACUGUACGGCCCCCGGUUCCCCAAGGUAGCGAGCCACCGGCGACCCUCCGCCCUGCUCGUGGCCGCCUCACCUUCACUCUGAGCGGACUCGAGCGGCGCCGCUUUGUCCCGCUGACCAACACGCACUUUUUCAUUCCCUGUUUUUAUUUUGUAUUUUUUUUUUUCUCUCUCUUUGCUUUGGUUUCAUUGGACACUUGAGCGGAUUUGUUGCCGCUGGAAAGAUGACAGCCGACAAAGACAAAAAGAGGAGCAGCUCGGAGCGUCGCAAGGAGAAGUCUCGCGACGCCGCUCGCUGCCGCCGCAGUAAAGAAACGGAAGUUUUCUACGAGCUGGCUCGCCAGCUCCCUCUGCCGCACAGCGUCAGCGCUCACCUGGACAAAGCGUCCAUCACGAGGCUCGCCAUCAGCUUCCUGCGCACGCGCCGACUCUUUGCCAGCGGCUGCAAUGGCGGCGAUGACGAGCACGUGAGCAGCUUGUACCUGAAGUCUCUGGAGGGCUUCAUCACCGUGGUAACGUCGGACGGCGACAUGAUCUUCCUGUCCGAGAACAUCAACAAGUUCAUGGGUCUCACGCAGGUGGAGCUGACCGGCCAAAGCAUCUUCGACUUCACGCACCCGUGUGACCACGACGAGAUCAGAGAGAACCUCAGCCUGAAGACAGCCAGCGGCGGCUUUGGAAAGAAGAGCAAAGAGCAGAGCACCGAGCGGGAUUUCUUCAUGCGGAUGAAAUGCACGGUGACCAACAGGGGGCGCACCGUCAAUCUCAAGUCGGCCAGCUGGAAGGUGCUGCACUGCACGGGCCAGCUGAAGAUGUACACGAGCUCCCCGCAGCGUCCGGCGUGCGGCUUUAAGGAGCCGGCGCUCACCUGCACCGUUCUGAUGUGCCGACCCGUCCCGCACCCGGCCAACAUCGAGGCUCCGCUGGACAGCAGAACCUUCCUGAGCCGACACAGCAUGGACAUGAAGUUCACCUACUGCGACGACAGGGUGACGGAGUUGGUGGGCUACACACCUGACGAUCUGCUGGGCCGCUCGGUCUACGACUUUUAUCACGCUCUGGACUCGGACAGCGUCACCAAGAGCCACCAAAACCUGUGCAGCAAAGGCCAAGCGGUGAGCGGUCAGUACCGCAUGCUGGCAAAGAGCGGCGGCUUCGUGUGGGUGGAGACGCAAGGCACCGUCAUCUACAACAGCCGAAACUCGCAGCCGCAGUGCAUCGUCUGCAUCAACUACGUGCUCAGUGACAUCGAAGAGAAGAGCACCAUCUUCUCCCUGGAGCAGACCGAGUCGCUUUUCAAGCCCCGACUGGCCGGCGGCGGGCUCUUCGCCGGGGAGAACGGCGGCGAGCCGCUCUUCACCAAACUCAAAGAGGAACCCGAAGACCUCGCACAGCUGGCGCCCACGCCCGGGGACACCAUCAUCAGCCUGGAUUUCGGCCAUCCUCACUUCGAGGAGCCGGCGGCGUACCCCCAGCGCCCCGCAGUCUCCGUGGCCGUGCCGGGCACUCCGGCCUGGGCCUGCGAGACCCUCAAGAGCGCCCCGCUUCCGCCGGCCAGCUUCGCGGCUAACGUGGCCGCCACGUUCACGGCCCACCAGAAGCCGCCGCCCUGCAGCGCCACCCCGACUCUGAGCGGCUGCUCCACGCCCAGCAGCCCCGGCGACUACUUCAGCACUACCGAUGGAGACCUGAAGGUGGAGCUAACGGAGAGGCUCUUUGCUCUGGACACGGAGGAUGGCAGUCCCGCUAACACUGAGAGGGACUUGAGCGACUUUGACCUGGAGACGUUGGCUCCUUACAUCCCCAUGGACGGGGAGGACUUCCAGCUCCAUCCCAUCAUCCCCGACGCCGCCGAGCCCCUGGAUGUGGGCUCCCUGGGGGGCGGCGGUGCCGCCAGCGGUGGUCUUCUUCCUUCCCAGCAGCAGAGUUUCAGCAACAUCGCCAGCCUCUUCCAGCCCCUCUCCUCGCCCCCCCGUCAGCAAAGACGCUACCGUCCGCACCCCGCCGCCCCGGCCCCGUCCUGGGCUCCGGGCGAAGAGCGAGCCCCGGGUCAGGGGGCUCUGGACCCGAGGGCGAGGGCCUACAUGAUGGGGCAAGUGCGGAACCCGCCCUACCGUUCCCCCGCCGGCACCCCUCUGUCUUCAAUGGGGGGCAUUCAGAACCUGCAGUGGCCCCCGGACCCCCUGUUGACUUGCAACAAGGCCUACCCCGUGGACGCCAUGGCAACCGAGCGACGGCCAUCUUUCCAGCAGAACCUGCUGCACGUCAUGCACCAACAAAGGCGCAUGGAGGAUUUUGUCCACUCCUACAGCGACAUGAAUGCGGCCAACAACAUCAAGCGCUCCUUCAUUCAGAUGAUGGGUGAAGGUAAGAUCUCAGGAAGCAGCUGGAAGAAGAUGAGGGGCGACGUGGACCCCGGAGCGGGAUCGUUGCCUGAACCCGCGCCGGGCAGGAUGAUGGCGGGCAACCCAACUGCGUGUUUCAACACUCUGCAGCAACACAGGAAGUCCGAAUAUCCAGGAAAUAUGACAGGCCUGACCAGUCGCCUGCUGGGCCCGUCAUUGGAGCGCACCUUCCUGCCCGAGUUGACCCGCUACGACUGCGAAGUCAACGUGCCGCUGCAGGGCAACCUGCACCUCCUCCAAGGCUGCGACCUGCUCACAGCCUUGGACCAGGCCACCUAGAAGAAGCCCCUCCGAUCCCAACGGCAACCCGGCAACCGAACACGACCCGGCCUCUGCGCGGACUGGAGGCCUGGCGAGAGCUUCAACGCUAAGCUAACUCAUAAUCACAUCCUGCCUUAUUUAGUUCUCGGGGUGUCACGUUGUUAUAGCGGGACUCGCGCACAAAAACCCGCCUUCAGCCAUUCCGUCGUUCCCGGACUAUAAAUCCCGCCGUGGCCACACUAGCUAUGUGGCUAAUGCUAAUGCUAGCCACAGAAUUAAAAUCUUUCCUCACCAUUUUUGCACCAUUUUGAACGCAAACUUGAGCCAAAAUGUCAUGGAAAAAAAAACACUGAGGCAAGGCCAACUCGGGAAAAUAUUUGCAGCUUGGAUUUAUUGCAGAUACCUCGGGUCGAACAUUUCCAACGUGAAUAAAUAAUAAAUACAAUGUAUAAAUGGGUACAAAUGACCCGUUUUCUGGGUCUCAGGAACCACAUUUGGACCAUUUUCAACGCAAAUUGUGCCAAAAUGUCAACAGAAAGAAGAAAAAAAACGCUUUAUUACAAUUUUGCAUCCCAAAGAGAGCCUUUUUUUUUUUUUUUUUUUUUUUCAAAAAUGAGCGUAUGAUGUCCUUAAAGUCCAAAAUUUGUACGUCAAAUCGUGUUUUAAAGCAGCAUUUUUAGUUCCCUUAUGAUGUCACUUGCGCUCGUUAAAGAAGAGCUACUCUGUUAAAACUGCUGUAAAACAAAUUUCAAACAACCUUUUUUUUAAUAUAUAUAUAUAUAUAUAUAUAUAUAUAUAUCGCGCUAUGAUCCGAUCCGACGCGCUAAUUCAAAAGAGCGUCAUGUAAUACACGUACACGAACCUUGAUGUGCUACACUCGUAUUAUUCUACUUUGUCGGAUGUUACGCUAGAGCGUGACCGCAGGGUGUUUUUGUUUUCUUACCUUUUUUGUUGUUGUUGUUGUUGUUGUUGUGCAAUUGUCACUUGUCACGAGGCUAAAGCUGAGCUAGCUAGGAGGAUUGCAGCCACAUUGAAAUAAAAACAAAACAAACAAAAAAAAAUUAAAAACGGAACAAUUACAUCGUACAAUUGCGUGUAAGGGAAUAUAUAGUCGUUAAGAAGAAAAAAUAACUGUAUAAUUAUGACGUUACUGUUUUUCGUGAACAUGUAUGACUGAAAGAAGACGUUUUAGAUUUUUACCUAAUUUAAUCUUUAAAGAAAUGUCUAAAAUGAGGACGUCCUUUUUCUAAUAUUUUGGCUUUCUUUGUAAAAUUAGUGCUGUAUUCUCUUUAAUGUUACAAAUGUAUUUGUUUUUUUUUAAUUGGCACUUUAUUCCCAUAGUUCAAUGGUUGUCUUAUUAAUGUCUUUAUGCUUUUAAGAUGAUGUCUUUAUUCUUGUAAAAUUGCAACUUCUUUCCACAUAAACAUAAAACUUUAUUUUCUCAUAUUAUGACGAAUUUAUCGUAAACUGAUCACUCGUACACUUACUGUACGCUCGUUGCACUAAAUUAUAACUUUAGUUUUGGACAAUUCUCAUAAGAUUCCAACGUAAUAAUUUUUAAAUUAUGACUAUUCUUGUAAAAUUAUAACUUUAUUGUCAUAAAAUGGACACAACUUUUAAACAAAGAGAAUUUACAUUAUUAUAUUAAUAUAUUUUGACCUCGUUCUUGUGUUUGAUCUCGUAAAAUUACAAAUGUAUUUUUGUAAAAUUGCGACUAUUCCCUCAAACCUUUUUUGCACCUUUUUUUUCCCCUUGUAAAAUGAUUAUAUCAAAUCUUUGGGUCAUAAAAUGACAGCUUUAUCAGAGUAAUGUUUUUAUUUUUGUAAAAUCAACUUUAUUGUUGAAAAGUAACCACUUUAUUCUCCUGUAAUCCUACUGUAAUUUGUCAUAAAAUGACAACAUUAAUAAUACACGGACUUUAUUCUCGCAAGGUUACAACGUUAUUGUAAAAAUUCUCUUAAUGGACUUUCUUUUUCUUGUAAAGGACUUUAUUGUUCAAUCUUUUCCCCUCAUUAACUUCUGACUGCAUUAUAUGAUUUUGACUUCACUUUUUAUCCCAAUGCCACUGAAGUUGGGACGUUGUGUUAGACAUCAAUGAAAACAGAAUGCAAUGAUUUGCAAACGUGUUGCAGCCGUCAAAUUCCAAGCGAAUGAAGGCUUGCUCAAAACAAUCGCGUUGAUCAGUUUGAACGUGACACAUCUCGUCUUUAUUGAAUGAAAUCUAGCUUGAACGUGAUUUGCGGAUCAUUGGAUUCUGGUUUUAUUUUGUCCCAACUUGAUUGGAAUUGGGGUCGUCAUAUUACCGCGCUUUGAAAAUGACGUAAAAUUCUUCUAUAAUUUGUCAUAAAAUGACGACGACUUGACUUUAUUCUUGUCAAAUUCCCUUGAACAACUUUAUUUUCCUAUGGAUUAGAAUGGUAUCCGUGUAAAGUUGCACUACUUUUCUUUAUCGUUCAUAUUUUCACUUGAAGUCAAUACUCCAAAAUCAGCAACUAACAUGACUCUGAUUUGAUGAAAUUAUGGCCAUUUUUGGCGGACUUCUUGACUUAAUCUCAUAAUUGUGUGCUUUUGAUCUCUUGAAUUGAUGCGUCCUUGUAUAUAUAUUGUUGUUGUAUUUGGACUGUCGCCCUCAUAUCAUUUUUGUAUUUGUUUUUUUCAAUGUGGCCCUAAUCCUCCUCGGUUACAAUUGUGGGGGGGUCGGGCUGGGGGGGGGGGGGCCGUCGAGUCGAAUUUGUGCCAAUCGUGGCCAUUUUUUCGGGAUUUUUGGAUCCGACCGAUGCCAGCGGACAAAGAGGUCGUUCAGUGUUCCUCUGCUCUUUUUGCGCUUAACGUGGACCCCCACCCAACCCCCGACCAUCCCCAACAUGCCUUUCUCGCAUUUGUAUUUAUGUCCAAUCUAUUUAUGUAGCUAGCAGCAGAAGCCUUAUUGGACAAUUUUUUUUUUUUCCGCUCCUUCGAUGUAAAAGCCGUUGGCCAAAUGAUGUCACGAAGAUCCCCGAUGUCGUCUUUUUCGCCUCUUGCCAUGUUCCCGUAUAUUUUCUUUUGUUUGUUAGAAAUGCGGAGGUAAUUGUUGUGGUGCGGUGACCACUUUUCACCCGUAGAGCUUUGCACACGUGCACGUCGCGCAUUCCGAAUGUAGACGGUGGACUCGUAGCGCCGAGGUGUCCUGGUACGUGGUCGUCACCUUCUUUGUUUCUAUUCCCUCCCCUCGUCUUGGCCGGCCAGUACUUUCUUCUUAAUCUUUCCUUCUUUCUUUCUCUUUGUGCUCGAAGAACUUUUAAGUCAAAAAAGGAUGCAAAGUUCUUUGUCACUUUGCAGAUAUGUAGCAUUUUUUUGGAUAUUGUAAAGGAGGUCCGGCAGCCGUACGGCGGUGUCCUGUCGUUCGCAUCCGGCCUCGUCUUCAAGGCAGGAGUGUGUAGUUUGUAUGUGCCAUCGAGUUCACGCGCACAUCUGCAUCUAACCGACACGCUGCAUUGAUAUUAAUAUUUCUAUUGGUAUUUCUAAUUGUAUUUGUAUCGAUAGUUGAUAUACAAGUGCUCUUCAAUUACAGAACAUGCUGAUAUUUUCUGGAAGCUUGCUUCGGUUGGUCCCCCCCCAAACGUGGCCCAGUCCCGUCCAGCCCUCCCUUCAAGUGCAAACUUGGGGAACCCCCCCGUAGAGCCCACAUAGUCCUAGAAUUCCUAAUCCCUACUAUAAUCGGAAUAGGCCCACCAAAGCCUAUCGAAACUCAGUUGAACCCACUGGAUCCCAGUGAGUCACUACUAAAAUCUUAACAAGUGCCCACUCUGGCCCACAUAGUCUAGACCUCUCUCAAACCCACUUUGACUCGACUAGAACCCUUGUAGCCCCCCUUCAUAAACCACGUAAUCCCCCUCUACAACCACCAGAGUGCCAAAAGACCCAUGUUAACCCAACCCAGAACACCCGAGGUCCCUGUUCCAACCUAUUCUGACUCCUACUAGAGCCCACGACGUCCCCACUCGAUCCCUUGUAGUCUUGAACCUAUGCUUGUCUCCACGAGAACCCACAGGGUCCCAUUCUAGAACCCACUUUAACCCCAGUACAAAGUAUACAAUCUACGAGAACCGACGUCAUCUAGAAAGAUCCACUUCGACCCCAUGUAGAACCCGUGUAGCCCCCGCUAGAACCCCCUGGUGACUUGGCUCAGACCUUUUUGUCUUUUAAGGUUCUUCAGCCAAUCAAAGGCCUGAACUGGUCUGUUUGUCCAUGACGCUGCUUGUGAGUUUUUAGUAAAAAUCGAUCGUAUUGAAGACGAAGCGGGAAAAUUGUGAUUUGUCAACAAUGUAGCUGUUGUUGUAAAGAUUUGUCAUCGCGCUAGUUAGCAUUAGCCGAACUGUGUAACCGUACGUGGGAAGGGUUGGUGAACGGACGUGGCGGUAAGUGGGACUCGUCGUCGUGAGAACGUUAGCCGCAGUUCCGCUGGCUGCUUUGAAAAGUUUCCGAACGUCCUCAAAAUGGACGUUUGUGAAGCUAACGCCGUAAACGAUGGACUUUGUCUCGAGUCGGACACCAGAAGGCUCGUCACCAGCGUUAGUGCUUAACACCGCCGUGCUCCUUGAAGGGACCGCAGUAGACCCUCCAAUCACACCCGUUCCGAAGCGCAACCUUCCGGAAUGAUCGAGACGAUAUCAGCAUGUUGUGUCAUUUGUGUCGAAAAACAGGGUUUUCGUUUUUCACUCUGGGAUCCACGUUGAACUUCUUGUAUUGUUUAGUUCACUGAGCCCAUUCUGCUUUUGUAUAUGCUACAAAUCCUUACGAUAUAUACAUUACGCAGUUCAUAUACUGUAUUAUUACCAUUGUUAUGAUGGGGAAUUUAACCCGCUCAAAAGUUUGUCUUUUCUGCACUGAUAUCUUGUUAUUAAAACAUAUUAUUGAUCUUAA